UUGCAUGUCUGCCACAUGUUCUCUCUCUCAUGAACGGUUAAAUUUUGAAAGUAUACGACAGACACGUGGCGGUAGGCUGAUGGAUUUGUGUGUCAUCUGCCUUCAUACAUAUAUAUAUAUAUAUAUAUAUAUAUAUAUAGCAUCACCAGCCAAGAAAUAGACAAAUCAGUAUGGGACUCAGAGGAGGGGGUAGCAGAAAAGCAUAGCAGAAGAGAAGCAUCAUCAUUUUAGCACCACCCUAUGUAUUCUCCCAGCGUGAUUUGGAUGGCUCUUUCUUUAGUCACAUGUUUCCGUGCAAAAAGUUUGCAACUAGGGCAAAUGACCAAUUGGGUAGGGGAGGGACCGUGGUGGGUUUUGAUUUGGUGGAUCUCUAGGUUGAUGGGAUUGGGCGGCUGUGAUUUGACCUUUGAAAAAUGUGGGUUUGAAUUAGUUAGUCUGUAAUGAGAGCCGGUUAAGUUUCAUGGAUCAUUAACUAAUGGUUAGAAUACAAGGGAAGUUGUACCUACCACACCAACCUCUUUUGGCUUCUCAAGCUUUUGAUGGUAAAUGAGAGGCACCUCACCUACCCAAGCGAGUGUUUUAGAAGAAUCACAACAUAAAAAACCAAAUAAACAUAGAAAUGCCCCCAUUUGGCCAUUUGGAUGACCUUUCAGGCUGGUAAUAAAUCAGUCUAAUAUUAUAUGUUCUGAUUGCUCUGCCAAAAAUUAAAAGAAUGUUCCUACUGCCGUUUCAGUUUCGAGAAAACUUACAUACACCGGGUUGAUAUAAUUUCACUCAUCACGUGACUAAAUUGGGUGAUGACCGGUGUAGACUACGGGUUACGUCAACCCGUUAUAGGUAAGUGUCUUCCCUAAUUCACAAGAGGGGUUGUAAGAGACUUAGGAGAGCAUAAAAUUCCCCUUGAAAAGCAAGUUUGAGAAAGUGCUUCCUUGCUUUACAAGUUUCCUGUGUGAAGGUCCUGGUAUCACUUUAGAACGGAAUAACACAAACUACAGUCGAAAGAAAGACAUCAAAUUCCUCCUUCCUGUACAAGUAUUUGCAUAUAACAAUCAAUAAAUCACAUAAUAGUAUAGUCAAUUAGCAUAAACCAACAUGAUGAUGAUCCGCCAUGGAUGUUUCAUUGCACAACUCAAGUUACUUAUGUUGCCAAAAACUCUGCCAUGCGUAUUCUUUCAAAAGAUGCAGUUUCUUUCUCCUCUUGUUUGUUACCCUAGCAAUAGUUUUUCUUGGUGUAGCUGCAUUGAUCGUAAUCUUCAUCAUGAAGCCCCAAAGGCCAGUUUUUUCCCUCGAAACUGUAAGCUUGGAUUUGUAUACGCUCGAAGCCUAUUCGGAUUCAACGCUGUUUCUUUCAUCAGCAAUCACAUUGACCCUGAAUGCUCAAAAUCCUAACAAGGUUGGCAUCUGGUAUAGCCCUUCACAUCUUGAAGUUUUGGAUGGAGGACUGUCUAUAGGAACAAUCCGGAUUCCCGGCUUUCUUCAGCCUGCUCACAGCAGCAACGUGAGUGUCGAAAUAAGGGUUCUGUUUCCAUGUUUGAAUGUCAGCCAGAUUGUGGCAGAGGCUUCAUUGCAAGACGAUUCAAGGAAAAACAUGUUUCAAAUGAAAAUUGUAGGCGAUGUUGGAGCUCACCUCUGGGUGUUUCAUAUAAUUUUGUUGAAGAUUAAGGUUGCACUGGAGUGUGACAUAAGUAUUGAUUAUAAAGAGCUUACGAUGAAAAAUGAAGUUCACACCAUUGGAGUUAAACAUCACACUGCAUCUUUUCCUACCAACCCCAACACCAUCUUCAUCAAUUGCGCAUUGGCUUUGUACAUAUGAGAGGUGGAAAAAUAUACUUCAAUUGUCAGCAAAAUAUACUUAAUAAAGUUUUGAAAUUAAACCCAAAACGUAAUAGAUUCAAUCUCUUUCCUUGAAAAAAUCGCUGGGAUAUUUCAAUGAGCAAGAAAUCAAGAACCAAGUAAUAAGCUGUAACAGAUGUCCUAUCUGAGCUUGACGUUCAUUGGUUUAGUGUGUAUGUAAUUUGAUGUCUUUUGCUUUUGCGGGUUUGGAAAGCAUAUUCACAUGUUCAUGGGAAGGCACAAUAUGACCCCAUUCUAUGUACUUUGGAUGAUUUGGUUCAUCUCAAAUCUAGAGAACACCUAAUCAACUAUUCUUCAGACCAA